AUGGAAUUAAAGACAAAAAAAAUAACUUUUCGGGAUGCAGAAAAAAAGUAUAGGAUAUCAAAGUCUACUCUGCAAAGAAAAGUAAAUAAUAAAAAUACGAUGAAAGUGGGCAGACCAAAUACAUUGUCGGAAAAAGAUGAGGAAAAUCUAGUUAAGGGAAUAUGUUUGUCUAGUAAAUGGGGAUUUCCUUUUACAUCUAUGGAUAUCCGGUUAUUGGUACAAAAAUUCCUGAAUAAAAAUGGUUUUAAGGAAAAACGGUUUACAAACAAUUUACCCGGAUAUGAAUGGUUCAAACAUUUUUUAGAUAGACAUAAAUCUAUAUUAAGUGAGCGAUUAGCCGAAAAUAUAAAGAGAUCAAGAGCGGAAAUCAACCAUGAAUCUAUAAAAAAAUAUUUUGAACACUUAAAAAACUCGUUAGCCGGAGUUUCUGCAAAUUUAAUUAUUAAUUAUGACGAAACCAAUAUUAUACUGACGACCCUGGGAAAGCCAAGAUAA